AUCGUUUAACUUCCCGUCAUCUUGAAUGAGAGCAUGUUGCCAAAACCACAGGUUGAUCACGUGACACGGGUUUUCUACUUUCUGGGUUUAGUUUGUGCGGCACGAUAUCUUCAUUUUGAAAAAGAAUUCACUUCGAAGGGGGGGGGGGGUUUCGGUUUUCUUUCACAAUGAAUGAGAAUAAACUCUUCCUGUAAAAAGACACACAGGAAGCAAAAAGAGGAAGAGGAAGAAAGUGGACGGAGAGGUGAUGGACUCGGCAGAUGAGAACUUUAGUCCAGUCAUCGUCACGAAUGGUGCUUAUCCGGUACGCUGCACAGAGGACGUACUUCUGCCUUUCUUCACAGAUGAGAGUCUGCAGGCCGCAAUGGACACACAACACCCUGCUGCCCCCCACAGCGUCCCCCCGGCUCUCCCAGAGCUUAGACUCGUCCUCCUGGGCAGGAAAGGAGCGGGGAAGAGCGCAGCAGGCAACACCAUCCUGGGAGCGGGAGGCUUUGAGAGCGGGAAGCCCACGGAGGAGUGUGUGAAAAGGAGAGCUGAUGUGGCGGGGAGGAAAGUCACGGUGGUGGACACCCCAGGGUGGGAGUGGUACUACCCGCUCAACAGCACCCCCAACUGGGUGAGGAGAGAGACUUUACGGAGUGUGUCCCUUUGCCCGCCUGGACCCCAUGCUGUGCUCCUGGUGGUGCGAUCCUGCGCCUCAGUAACAGAGGACUACAUCAGUGAGAUAGAGGAGCACCUGCAGCCGCUGGGGAAAGGAGUUUGGGAGCACACCAUGCUGCUGUUCACCAGGGGAGACGAACUAGGCCUGGUGUCCAUGGAGCAGCGAAUCCUGACGAGCGGCCCGCCACUACAGAGGCUCCUCCAGAAGUGCGCGAACAGAUACUAUGUCGUGGAUAACCGGAGCAAAGGAGACGGGACGCAGGUUAAAGAGCUGAUAAGGAAGCUGGGGGAGAUGGUGGAGGGGAAGAAGGGGGGAAGCAGUCAUUUGGAGAUGGAUAAUACGUUCCUGGUGGGUCUGGAAGCAGACGGGAAGAGGAGAGCGAGGGAGAGGAGGAAGAAACAGAGGCAGAUGGAGGCGCAGAUGCAGAGAGGAACCAUCAAAGCUGCUCUAAUGAGCGACGGUCUUCAGGGUUCUGAGCUAGACGCCCACCAGUCGUUUUCCAAGGCUCCCCGACGUUUACCCGAGGUCAGACUGGUUCUCCUGGGCGAGCGUGAAACAGGAAAGAGCUCUGCCGGGAACACCAUCUUGGGCAAAAUGGGCUUCUUCCAGUGCGACGCAGUAACGGAGGAGUGCAUCCGUCAGCAAGCGGAGGUGGCCAUGAGGCUGGUGACUGUGGUGGACACUCCGGGCUGGGAGGGAGGUGUAGCGGGGGCCACAACUGAGAGGGUGAAGAGGGAGAUUGUGAGCAGCGUGGCCUUGUGUCCUCCGGGGCCCCACGCGCUCCUGCUGACUCUGAGGGUGGAUACGUUGGUGAGGGAGGCACAUGUGAAGGAGCAUCUGGAGCUUCUGGGCGAGGGCGUUUGGAGACACACGAUAUUGCUGUUCACACACGGGGAUCAGCUUCGGGAGGGGGUGGAUAUCAAGCAACACAUCCAGGCUGGAGGCAGGGACCUCCAGGGGCUUCUGGAGAAGUGCAGGGGCAGGUAUCACGUCAUUAGCAGCACAGAUGGAGGAGGGAGAGGAAAUGGAGGCUCCAGUAAAGUGACGGAGCUCCUGCAGAAGGUGGAAAAGAUGGCCUCAAUGAACAGGUGUGAGGCUUUCUCCGGCCUGGUUCAGGACGUCAGGGUUAUGAGCGGGCACAGGAACGAGAAGUUCAACCAGCGCCUGAAGGAGAUGGGAGACAAAAUGCUUCGUCAGAAGGACGAGUUGAAAAAUAUGAGAGAGAGGGAGAUGAAAAGAAUGAGGUGGUUUUCUGACAGAAAGAAAAAGGUAAAAUCGCCCGGAAAGGCCGAUGUUCAGAGGCAAGAAGAGGAGGAGGAGGAGGAGGAGGAGGAGGAAGAGGACAGAAGGAUGGACGAAAGGAAGAAGGACAUCAAGGAUCUAGAAGAGAGGAUGCGGUGGCUGACAGAGGAUAAAGAGAGAGAAAUUCAGGAUGUGAGCAUAGUAAAUGAGAGGAUCCGCGUAGCACUAAACCAGAGUCAAGGAGAAAAGGACAAGGCGACGCUCAAACUGGAGGUAAAAGAGAGCGAGAUCGAAGAGCUGAAAGAAAGAAUUGACGAGCAGCAACAGAAGAUGCUCGACCUCGAACGCGCCGAUGUAGAAAAAGAUCAGGAGAGAAAACAGAGGGAGGAUGACAUUAAAACGAAGAAACAAGAGUGGAUGAGCGAGGUCAAGAAAUUGGGGGAAAACAUAGAGCUGCAGAAGAAAGAGAAAGCAGAGUGGAUGGAAAAGGUCGAUGCUUUAAAAGCAGAAAUGGACGAGACUAAAAGACACUAUGAUGAUACUGUUGAGAGGACCGAACAAGAGAAUAAGAGGGAGAUGGCAGAGAUGGAAGAAAAACUUAAAAAAGAGAUGGAAAUGAAAGACAAAGAGCGGGAAGAACUGAGGAAGAAAGCAUCAGAGGAAAAGCAGAUAACUCUCGACAACGCCAAACAAUAUGAAAAACAACAUAAAGAAGAGAUAGAGGGAAAAAUGCAAGAGAAAGAGGAAGAGAUACGAGGAAUGAAACUGCAGCAUCAGGAAGAGAUGGCCGGAAGAAUCGAAAAAAUUACGGAGGCAAUGAAAGUUCAACACCGAGACGAAAUUGAUCAGAAGUUGAAAGACGAGGCAGAAGAUCUAGAAAGGGUCAAACAACAGCACAAAGAUGAAAUAAAGGACAUGCAGAAAGAUAUUCAAAGAAAGAUUGCAGAGCUGGAAGAGCAGUUUGCUAACGAAAAAGGGGAACAAAUGCAGGCAAAAACGAGAGAGAUGGUAGAGUUAGAGCAAAGGUAUCUGGUCCAAACAGAAAGAGCAACGCUGGGAAAUGAAAAAGAAAAGGAAAUGAUUCAUCUUAAGCACAGAAAAGACAUAGCACAGAAGAUGCAAGACAGAGAAAAGGAGAUAGAAGAGUUAAAACUGCAGCAUCAGGAAGAAAUGGCAAGAAAAAUGAAUGUAAUGGACAAAGUCAUUAAGACUACAGGGGCUGAACACGAGGAGGAAAUGGGCAGAAAAGCGAAAGAGAAGGAGGAAGAUGUUGAAAGGGUCCUACAACAGUACAGUGAUCAAAUAAGUUGGAAGGAGCAAGAAAGACAGAGAGAGAUUAAGGAACUGAAACAACAGUUUGCAGAAGAAAUUGAGAAACAAUUGCAGGAAAGACAAAGAGAGAUAAGAGAGCUAAAGCAACGGCACGCCGCCCAAACAGAAGAGAAGGUGCGAGAGAAUGAAAAAGAGAAGGAAGUGAUGAAUGAAAAUCACGAAAAACACAUUUUGCAAAAAACGCAAGAGAGAGACGGACUAAUAGAGGAGAUUAAACGUCAGCACAUGCAAGAAAGUGAGCGGGGGAAAAGAGAGAUGGAGAAAAGACUGGAGGGGAAGGAGGAGAUAGUGGAGAUCAAACUUAAUGUCAAAGAAAUGAAGGAAAAGCUGCGACAAAAGGAAGAGAAAGAAAUAGAUUAUUUAAAUUACAAGCGAGAAAUGGAGCAAAGGCUGAGGGGAGGAGAAAGAGAGACAGAAGCGAUAAAAGAAACAGAAAAGGAAAGGGAAAGAGAUUAUCUAAAUCACAAGAAACAGAUGAACCAGAAACUGCAAGAAAAUGAAAGAACGAUAGAAAAGUUGAAUCGGCAUAUAAAGGACGUUGAUGAAAUCCUGCAGAGAAAAGAAGAACAGAGAGGAGAGAUUAUUCUAAGUCAAGAGAAAGAGGCAGAGCAGCAGCUGCGAGACAGAGAGCGAGAGAUGGAGGAGAUGAAACUACAGCUUUUCAACGACACGGAGAGAAAACUGAAGGAAAAGGAAAGUGAGAUGGAAAUUGUUAAACAUCAGGCCGAGUCCAGGGAGGCGAGGUGGGAGGAAGAGCGGAGGAAGAAGGACGAGAAGGGAGAAAACGAGUUGAAACGACUGAUAGAAAUCAUCGACAAGAAAACGGAUGAAAUAACGCAAGCAGAAUGUCUUCUCGCAGAGAGAGAUGGAGAGUUUGAUGAGGCACAAAGGACGUACUUAAAAGAAAUUGAAGAGCUGAAAGAAAGCAAUAAAAACCAAGCCUGUAGUAUCAUGGAGAUACAGCAGCGUCACGCAGAGGAGGAGAGGAAGAAAGAGGCUGACCGAAGGGAAAAACUUCAGGACAAAGAAGCAGAACUGAGGCAGAAAGACCGAGAAAACGAGAAAGAGAUCGUCCAACUGAGGAUCACGAUCGAGCAGACAAAGUCCGAGCUGAAGGAGCUCAUCAACAGAAUGGAGAAGGAGACGACAAGCAUGAUUCAGGAAUACGAAAAGGAGAUUGAGAGAAGGAACGAGAGCAUAGAAUCCAUAUCGAAGGAGAGGGAUCGCGCUAUAAUUCGCUCAGAGGAAGCCGCAGAGCAAAAUGAGGAAAGUCGGAGGAGAGCUGAGGAGCUGCAGGAGCAAAACGAGAAGCUGAGCAAAGACACGGACAACCUCAAAAUAAAGUGCGAGGAGCUGAAGAAGGAGAGUGAUGAGGAAGUUAGGAAACAUCUGAGGGGAUGUGAAGAGCAGGAAGCAGAGAUACAAGGCAUUCUUAAACAGAGAGAUGUGGAGGUCGGGGAGUUAAAGGAGGAGAAUGACAAACUGAAAGUAGAGAUUGAAAGGAUGAGAGAGAGAGAAGGUGAGGCAGCAAAGCAGAUGGAUGAAAUGAGAGAGCAUUUCCAGAAAGAAAGCGAGUUGAAAAGGGAAAAAGAAGCAGGGGAAUGGGAGCAGGUCCUGAGCAGAAGCGACGAAGAGUUGAGCAAAAGAGGACAAGAUCUUGACGUAAAAGAGGAAGAGCUGGUUCAAAAAGAGGUAAAGUUGGAACGUAAGGAAGAAGAACAGAGUAAACGGGAAGCAAGUUUAGAAAAACGGCAAAAAGAAACAGAUAGAAACGACCAAGAUGCAAUCAUUAAAGCGCAAAAUAUCGAGAAAAAGGAAAGGGAGCUGGAAAGCUUGCUUAGAGCUCUGGAAGGCAAACAGAAAGAGUUGAACUGUCACGGUCAAGAUCUUCAGGAGAAGAUGAAAGGCCUGAAAGAUCACGGGAAGGAGCUGAAAGACAGGGAGUAUUGCUUAAGAAACGAAGAGCAGGAGUUGCUCAACUGGACGUCAGAGUUGCAGGUGCAAAACGAGAACGUAAACUCGACCACGCAGCAGUUAGAUGAGAUGGGGAGAGACUUGGGUCUGCUGAAGGAAGAGCUUCACAGCAAAGAGAAGACGUUAAAGGAGUCGCUUAAGAAAUUGGGCAAAUGGGAGCAGAAUCUUAAGGAACGAGAAGACGGGUUGCACAAAACAGAGAAUGGGCAACAUGAGGUUGGCGACGAGGAUUCUUUCGAUGUGGCAGCUGCAGUUGAGAGCCCCGAAGACGACCUGCAUUUAAUGUACCGGGAGGUCAAGGAGAGACGGGAAAAGGGAAGAGGAAGAGAGUCAGAUAGAGGAGGAAAGGGUAGGGAGGAUCAGAGGAUGGAAACUGCAUCGUCAGCUGCAGAGAUAGAGACGGCUGAGGAAAGGGAAGGGACGGGAGGAAGAGGAGAGAUGAGGGAGAAAAAAGGCAGAGAGGAUCUAGAAAGGGCAAAGGUCGUUCGAGAUUUUGAGUUUUUAUCAGCAAGUCAGGGUCACAGAAGCUCCAACAACAAAGGGUCAGAUUUGAGGGUGGUGGUGUUGGGGGAGUCCUGGUCGACUCACUCCCCCGCUGGAGUCACCAUCCUGUGUGGAGAAGCAUCAAAACCUGAUGACGGGGCAACCUUCAGGCCCUGGAGAGGUCAGGUAGCCGGACGCCGACUUUCCGUCGCAGAGCCGCUAGGUCUGAGGUGGCGAGACGGACCGGACCCGACCGACACGACGCAAAGGAAAAGCAUUCUGGACAGCAUCUCCUGGUGUCACCCCGGACCUCACGUCGUCCUCCUGCUCAUGCCGGCCUUCCUCACCUGCACACAGAAGUACAGGAGAGCAGCAGAGGAGCACAUGAAAUUGCUCGGGGAGGACAUUUGGCAGCGCACGGUGGUGCUGUUCACGUGGGGGGAAAUGUUAGGGGAGAGCGCAGAGCAGCUAAUACUGAGGAACGGGGAGCUGAUGGGGCUCGUAGAGAGAUGCGGGGGCAGGCAUCAUGUGCUGAGCAGCAAGAAAAGCAACGCUAUGAUUGAGGGCUUGUUUGACAAGAUGGAGGAUGUGGUGGCUCUGAACAGCAGAGAACUGUGAUGAGAUCGUAUCAAAAAAAUAUAAUUUAAAAACAGUGUUUCAUCUUUAUGUGAAUUUAUUUUAAUAAAUUUGAAAAGUAGUGGAAGAA